AUGGGGUGCACGGCGUCGCGCGAGGCGCCCGGCGCAGGCGCAGGCCUGUGUGCAGGCUGCCUCCACGGUGGUGCGGCCAGCGACGGCGACGGCGUGCUGUUCAUGCCGGAGCUCGCCCUGGGCCUCGCGAGCUCCGGCACGGACGCAGUCAAGGUCAUCACGGCGUGCGGCAGGAUGCGGUUCGGCAUUAAGAACCACCUCCAGGCCGACGACGCGGAGCUCCCGGCCGGGCUCGUUUCAGAGGAGACCUCCGCGGUGCUCGAACUCGACGGCGGGCAGCCGCUGUACGGCAUCUCCUGGGUCUGCACGCCCGUGCCGUGCCACGUCAUCCAUCGCGGCGGGCAAGUCAGGGCCGUCGUCGCCCCGAAAUUCCACAGGCCGACGUCCCGUCGCGUGAACUUCGACAUCUACGUCGUGCGCGACCACGAGGCCGCCGACGCCGGUCUGGAGCCCGCGUGCGGCGUGCCGUGGCACCUCCUGCGCACGCGCGCUCCGGACCUCUCCACGGCGUUCCGCCACGCCGGCCGGACGGGCGCGUGGGAGGCAGCCCCGCCCGCGCGCGCGCAGCUGCCGAGCGGAGACACCCCCCCUGCGAUGCGCCUGGUCGUUGGCGGGAAGGGCGUUCCGUUUUCGUCCCGGGACAUGUUCCUGGGGCGCCCUGUGCGCCGGCUGGAGGCGGCGGCGGGGACGGACACGGCGCUCGCGGUGGCGGUGAUGGCGGCGGUCGACCACGCGAGCCACAUUCUUCUGGCGGGCGGGUGCGAUGGGUCGCAGCACUUCGCUCGGCUGUGCUCGCAGGCCCGCACGACCGGCGUGGACCCCGUCGUGCAGCACGCUGUCGAAGCCAAGAUGGCGAGCCUGUCGGGCAUGCCAGGGAUCGGCGCGGCGGCGCCGCGAGUCGACGUCGCGCGGACAUCGGCACCGUGCACUGCGGUGGUCGACGCGGACGCCGGGUCCGCGGCGGAGCUGCCGAGGGCGUCGUACCACAGCGACCGCGACGGCGCGGCGCCGUCGCCGAAGCCGCUGACGACGAUGGAGUCCGCGAUGAACGUGCGCCGCGGGCGGGCUGCGCCGGGAAUGUCCCGGCAGGCCACGCGGAAGCAGCUCGUGCAGGAGCUGCAGGUGGCGGACAUCAAUGCCCACGAGAUGUUCGCCAACACCUACGUGUAG